CCGCAAUGCACUAGUGAUCAGAACUACCGAGCCACCCACGGCCCCAAUCAUAUGCAUUACAUGCUUCCUAUCUCCAUCCACCACAAAUAAUCACCCAUAAAAGUUACAACCAUGGCACCUCCUCUCCCGAAACACGUCGUCCAAGCCAUAGAAGUAGCCAUCGAAUGUGCAUGGGAAGUAUCCCGACCUGUCGACCUAAAAUCUAUCGCCAACAUCUUCAACACCACCCCCACAACCAUAAUCCGCAUCCGGAAACGCCAGGAAAAGAUCCGUGAUACGGGGAUUGAUGAACGGGGUAAAAAGCAAGGACCGAAAUUUCGUUAUGGGAGUAGGGAAGAGGAGCUUAAGGAAUGGUUGACCCAAUUAUGUGUGCGUCAUCCUGAGAUGAAACAGGCGGAGAUCACGAGGUUGAUGGAGGAGAAAUGGGGGAUUAAGUAUGGCCAGAGUACGGUUUGUAGGUUGCUUCGUGCAUGGAAAAUUCCGCAUAGGGUUAGUAAUAGGAUGUAUGGGAAUUCGAGAAUGUAUGUUGAGAAGGAAAGUGUGGGGAAGGUGGAUUUGGAGGGGAGGGGAAGGGGGGAGUUGGUGGAUGAGUUAGGUAAUGGGGUGGUUCGAAAGAGAGCUUUGGGCGAGGAAGAUGAUGAUCAAACAGUUGAGGAUGUAAACAGGAGUACGGAUUCAGAAGAGAGGUCACAAGGAUCUGAGAGGUUACAAGGAUUGCAAUCUCUAGGAAUGGCUGCAAUGCAGGAACAGGAGAGGGAAAAUAUGAUUAUGGCUAAUGGCGAUGGAAAUGCAAAUGCGGCUCCAGUUCCAAAUGAAUAUGAGCUGGCGCCGUUGUUGGAACAUAAUAUGACGGGGGAAAGACUCAAUCAAUUACUUGACGCUAUUAAUCAAGCUGUCGAACUUUUGCCACAAAUUCAACAUCAGCGUCCCUAUCAGACGACAUAUCAAGCGAGUCAACCGAAUUGGCAAUACCAGAUGAAUUCGUGAAAAAGGGGAUUUAAAACCCACACUAAUACGCACAACUACGUGGCUAGAUAGGACGAAAGUCUAUUGAUCGGUCGGAUUCACGAAUCACCUCGAUAUUCACUUCCAUACGCUAUGUUGUGGCUAUAGGGCGGCUCGAUGCCGAAUUUCCACGAUUAGCCUUAGCUCUUUAUUCAGCUGAAGAUAAUGUGAAGAUGGUUGCAUCACUGCAGAGGUUACUUAUUUCAAAGCCGUCGAUUUAUCCACGCGCAAAAGAAACAUAUAGACGACAACGGAUCGCAGUUAUAUCUGUGUAGAAGAGAUAUCAUACAAUAUAGAGCUGCAAGAGGUCGUAUGAUUGCUCAGGCCGUGUAUAUCUAAAUUUUAGUCGUGACCUUCCAAC